CAUUAAAUACAUCCGUUCGCCGUCUUCUUUUUCCCCGGACGUAAUUUUCUUUCUCUUCCGGUUGUCGUCCGUUCGUGUGUCAGAUACAUCUGAGUCGAAAUGGCGAAGUCUAAGAACCACACAACUCACAACCAGUCUCGUAAGGCCCACAGGAAUGGCAUCAAGAAGCCCGGAACUAAUCGCUAUGAGUCAUUGAAGGGGGUGGACCCUAAAUUCCUGAGGAACAUGCGCUUUGCCAAGAAGCACAACAAGAAAGGCUUGAAGGCCGCACGGAAGGCAGCCGUACAGAAGGCAGCCACACAAGCACCGAAAUAGGCCGCCAUGUUUCCAUCUUCACAAUAAAGCUAUGCUUUGUUAACAAACCA